AUGGCGUUUGUAUUGAAUAAAACGCUAGGUCCGAUUGUGUCUCGGCGACUUUUACAACGUGUUAUAACGACGACGACGGCUCGCCAACAGCAGCUUCGUUUUCGUUCUCGUUUACCAUAUAAUACAGUUGUUCUAUUCGUUCCACAACAAGAAGCAUGGGUUGUCGAACGUAUGGGAAAAUUCUUUAAAACUCUAAACCCUGGUUUGAACAUUUUACUUCCGGUUUUGGAUAGUAUUCGUUAUGUGCAAAGUUUAAAAGAAAUAGCAAUCGAAAUUCCAAGUCAAACAGCUAUUUCAAAAGACAAUGUAACAUUGACGAUUGAUGGUGUAUUAUAUCUCAAAGUUUAUGAUGCUUAUUUGGCUAGUUACGGUGUUGAAGAUGCUGAAUUUGCUGUAACACAACUUGCACAAACAACUAUGCGUUCGGAAAUUGGUAAAAUUGCAUUGGAUACACUAUUUCGCGAGAGAGAAUCACUCAAU